AUGGGAAGCACAGUUACCUUCGACGGCUCCGCCUUGCCAACCAGCAUUAUCUCUGUCUUGGCUGCUCUGGAAGAGGUAGAAGGAGAUGUGACUGAGCUUGAACUGAAGCUGGAGAAGCUGGUGAAGCUCUGCAUUGCAAUGAUUGACACGGGGAAAGCCUUCUGCGUGGCCAACAGGCAGUUCAUGCAUGGCAUCCGAGACCUGGCCCACUACUCCAGCCGGGAUGCUCUAGUGGAGACCAGCCUGACCAAGUUCUCGGACAGCCUUCAAGAGAUGGUUGAUUGUCACAUGAUCCUGUUUGACCAAACGCAAAGAUCAAUAAAAACACAGCUUCAGACUUUUGUUAAAGAAGACAUCAGGAAACUGAAAGAUGCAAAGAAGCAGUUUGAGAAGGUCAGCGAGGAGAAGGAGACCGCGCUGGCCAAGAACGCGCAGGUGCCGAGAAACAAGCAGCACGAAGUGGAGGAGGCCACCCACAUUCUGACCGCCACUCGGAAGUGCUUCCGCCACAUCGCCCUUGACUACGUUCUUCAGAUCAAUGUUCUUCAAUCAAAGAGGAGAUCUGAGAUCCUAAAAUCAAUGUUGUCCUUCAUGUACGCCCACCUGGCCUUCUUCCAUCAAGGCUAUGACCUCUUUAGUGAGCUGGGACCCUACAUGAAAGACCUGGGAGGCCAGCUGGACGGGCUGGCAGUGGAUGCUGCGCGGGAGAAGAGGGAGAUGGAGCAAAAACACUCCACCAUUCAGCAAAAGGAUUUCUCCAGUGAUGAGACGAAGCUGGAGUACAACGUGGAUGCGGCCAACGGCAUCGUCAUGGAGGGGUACCUUUUCAAGCGGGCCAGCAACGCCUUCAAGACGUGGAAUAGGCGCUGGUUCUCCAUACAGAACAACCAGCUGGUGUACCAGAAGAAGUUCAAGGAUAGUCCCACCGUGGUGGUUGAAGACCUGCGGCUGUGCACGGUCAAGCCCUGCGAGGACAUCGAGAGGCGCUUCUGUUUUGAAGUGGUCUCCCCAACCAAAAGCUGCAUCCUGCAGGCCGAUUCGGAGAAGCUGCGGCAGGCAUGGAUUCAGGCCGUGCAAGCCAGCAUCGCCACUGCCUACCGGGAGAAGGGGGAUGAGUCCGAGGUGGAGCGGAAGCCGGCCCCCUCAUCGGCAGGGAGCCCUGACUUUGGUGGCGAGUGCAGGGAGAAGGCGCUGAAAGGCGAGAGCUCCUUCCAGAGGGUCCAGGGCAUUGCCGGCAAUGCGGUGUGCUGUGACUGCGGCCUGGCAGACCCGCGGUGGGCCAGCAUCAACCUGGGCAUCACCCUGUGCAUCGAGUGCUCGGGCAUUCAUAGGAACCUCGUUAGGCCCGGCUCUUUUGGAAACCCUCCACCGUUUGCCUUGCAGCUCAUGUGUGAAUUGGGGAAUGAUGUCAUAAACAGAAUUUAUGAAGCCCGGAAUGAAAAAAUGGGAGUGAAGAAGCCGCAGUCCGGGAGCCAGAGGCAGGAGAAGGAAGCCUACAUCCGGGCCAAGUACGUGGAAAGGCGGUUUGUGGAAAGAGGCCCCUUCCCCUCCUCCUCCGAGGGUCCCGGCGUGAAAGCCCCGCCUCCUCCCGGCCAGGAAGCGAAAAGGCACAGCGGCCCCGAAAAGCCCCCCGGGGCCCCCGACGCUCUGCCUGCCUCUCCUCAAGUGCGAAGCAACGACAGCGGAUUCCAGCACAGCGCAGAGGACAGCAGGGAGCACCUGGCCUCCACCGUAUCCGCCAGUACCUUGUACGAGGGGGAGGCAGGAGGUGAGAAGCAGGAGGCCGCUGCCCCCGUUGACUCCCGGGGCUCAGUCACAGGGCUGCAGCUCUACCGGGCCUCCUACGAGAAGAAGCUCCCUCGGAUGGCGGAGGCCCUGGCCCACGGGGCAGCCGUGAACUGGGUCAACAUGGAGGAGAACAGGUCCACGCCUCUGAUCCAGGCAGUCCGUGGGGGCUCUCUGGUCAGCUGUGAGUUCCUGCUCCAGAACGGGGCCAACGUGAACCUCAGGGAUGCCCAGGGCAGAGGACCCCUGCACCACGCCACGGUCCUGGGCCACACCGGGCAAGUGUGUCUCUUCCUGAAACGAGGCGCCAACCAGCACGCCACCGACGAGGAAGGGAAAGACCCCCUGAGCGUGGCCGUGGAAGCGGCCAACGCGGACAUCGUGACGCUGCUGCGUUUGGCAAGAAUGAAUGAAGAGAUGCGGGAAUCCGAAGGGCUCUACGGCCAGCCAGGAGACGAGACCUACCAGGACAUCUUCCGUGACUUUUCACAAAUGGCUUCCAAUCACCCCGAGAAGCUGAAGCGUUUCCAGCCGCCAGGCGCACAGAAGCCCUGAGGGGGCCGGAGGGCAAAGAAGAGCAGGCAUCGAUAUUGCCCCACCCCCACCCCCCUGCAGAGCGGCACGUCUCCC